AACUCCAUCCGGCACAACCUGUCCCUGCACACCCGCUUCAUCCGCGUGCAGAACGAGGGCACGGGCAAGAGCUCCUGGUGGAUGCUGAACCCCGAGGGCGGCCAGACGGGGAAGACGCCGCGCCGGCGGGCGGUCUCCAUGGACAACAACAGCAAGUUCCUGCGCAUCAAGGGCAAGGCCAGCAAGAAGAAGCAGCUGCAGGUGACGCAGGAGCGCGGGGAGGACAGUCCCUCAUCCCAGCAAGCCAAGUGGUCGGAGAGCCCCGCAUCCCAUGCCAGCGACGAGUACGAUGCCUGGGCGGACUUCAGGACACGGGCCAACUCCACGGCCAGCACGCUGAGCGGGCGCCUCUCGCCCAUCAUGUCCAACCACGAGCCGGAUGAGCUGGAGGAGGAUGAUGGAACCCCUUCCUCUCCGCUGAUGUACCCCAGCCCCUCCAGCACCAUGUCUCCUUCCCUCAACACCCGCUGCUCCGUGGAGCUGCCCCGGCUGACCGACCUGACCGGCACCAUCAGCCUGAACGAGACCCUCGGGGGGCGCCUGCUGGAGGGCCAGGAUGGGUACACCAUGAGCCCCUCGCAGCAGCUCCCCCCGGCCGCCCUGCGGCAGCGGAGCUCCAGUUUCACCUUCAACUCCAAGUGCUCCACCAUGGGUGCUGCCACCAACACCUACUGCGGGACUAUCUACAGCCAACCGGCCAUGAGCCUCAUGCGCCGCCUGCCCAUGCAGACCAUCCAGGAGAACAAGCAAGCCACCUUCUCGCCCGUCAGCUCCUACAGGAACGCCUCGCUGCAGGACCUGCUCUCCUCCAUCUCCUACGCGCACAAGGAGAGCAUGGUCCCGGGGGACCUGCCCGUGCCGCAGGCCAGCCCCAUGGGCCCCUACCCGGGGGCUGUCCAUCCCCCCGUGUUGGGCCAAGACAGGUUCCCAGCAGACCUGGACCUGGACAUGUUCAACGGGAGCCUGGAGUGCGACGUGGAGUCCAUCAUCCUGAAUGACUUUAUGGACAGUGAUGAGAUGGACUUCAACUUCGACUCGGCUCUCCCACCGCAGAACGGGCUCAACGUGCCCGGGGGCCCGCAGCCCACGAACCAGAGCUGGGUGCCCGGGUGA